UCUGGCAGCAUCGGCGCCCGCAUGCUUGGCCCAGUGCUGGGGUGGGAGGGCACGUGAGCACGCAGGGCGUCCUCAGACGCGUCCAGACGUUAGCUCGCCUUCCGAUCGGGGGCUCUGCUUGCUUUUGUGCCGCUGAGUCGACGUUACGCACCACUCGGUUACUCGCACGAACAGGUGCUGAGCCAAUGGCACUGGGUUCCCCUACCUCUCCAAAGCCAGGUGCUGGUGCUCAGUUUCUGCCUGGGUUUUUGAUGGGUGAUUUACCAACUCCAGUGACACCACAGCCUCGUUCCUUAAGUGGUCCUUCAGUUGGUGUAAUGGAAAUGAGGUCUCCAUUGCUUGCUGGUGGAUCUCCUCCACAGCCAGUAGUUCCAACACACAAAGAUAAAGGUGGAGCUCCACCAGUUAGGAGUAUAUAUGAUGACAUAGCUAGCCCAGGUCUUGGAUCAACACCCCUGACUUCAAGAAGACCAGCCAGUUUUUCUGUAACGCAGAGUCCCAUUAGUGGAUGUAUCCCGGCAACUCCUGGAGCAGGUACAAGUAUGUUCAGUCCAGCAAGUCUUGCACAACCCAGGAAGUCCACAAUGUCUCCAGCUCAACUAGAUCCAUUCUAUACUCAAGGAGAUGCCCUAACAUCAGACGAUCAUCUUGAUGACACUUGGGUAACAGUAUUUGGGUUUCCUCAAGCAUCUGCUUCAUAUAUCCUCCUACAGUUUGCACAGUAUGGAAACAUUUUGAAACAUGUGAUGUCUAACACGGGAAACUGGAUGCAUAUUCGCUAUCAGUCGAAACUGCAGGCCCGGAAAGCCUUGAGCAAAGAUGGAAGAAUUUUUGGUGAAUCUAUUAUGAUUGGAGUGAAACCUUGCAUAGAUAAAAGCGUGAUGGAAAACAUGGACAGAAGUUCUGGAUCAAUCCAGUCUUCAGUCUUCACACCACCGAUGAAACCACUAGGGACACCAGUGCAGCCAUCAAGUACUCAGAGAAUCUCCACUAUGAGACCCCUUGCUACAGCAUAUAAAGCUUCAACUAGUGACUACCAGGUGGUUUCUGACAGACAGACUCCAAGAAAAGAUGAAAGCAUUGUUUCCAAAGCUUUGGAGUACAUGUUUGGCUGGUAGUUAAGAGAAGAUAGAGUAAAUUUGGCUAGACCUUACAAUUGACUGCCAACGCCUCUGGUUAGUUAUAUAACCAUUGUAGCAUUUCCAACAUUGGCUCUGCCUUUUAAAAAGAAUGUGGCAUACCUGUCAUUUGCACUUUACCAGUGAAUGGAUUUACACUUGACUUUAAGAUGUUACACCAUUGUAAUCAAUGUUCAGAAAUCUUACCAUUUUAGUGAUUUCAUUGUUAAGUAAAAAUUGAUUUGUCUACAACACAGUCUUGGUUACAAGACAUGGUAGUACAGUUUAUAGUUUCCCCAAUAACAUGAUUCUCUUUUUUACUUCGGAAAUGAUGGUAGUGCUUGUUACUGCAUAAACUAUAUUAUUGUAUAAAAAGACUAGGGGUGCAGUCCAUUCUGGAUGUCUAUAAUCACCCAGACUCAGAGGAAUAUGGUCAUCCUAUAAAGAGCUGUUGCCUCUUCCUCCUGCCCUGAAAAGCACUUUUAAGUGCCACACCUUUUAUCAUGGUGGUGCCUGCCUCCUCAUCUUUCUGCCUCUUGGAGUACCCACUCAGCCCUGUCUCCAGGAUCACACUUGCAACCAGCAUAACCCUUGAAGGGAGGUGAAGAGGGCACUCUGAUCUCAGAUGACGUGAGAAGGUCAGAGUACUUUUCUGACCUUGAAGCUGGGUCUUCAAAAAAUUUUGCUCUGUCUAGGAGCCAUAGGAUUUUGCUGCAGGAUAGGUUUUGUUAAUUUUGAACCAAAUGUUUUGGUUUGAAUUCUGUUUAUUAAUAAUAAUAAUUGGUGUUAUAUAAAUACUGAAGAAGAUAAUUCUAAAUUUACAGGGUUCCAAAGCCUUUUUAUAAACUUUCUUAAUAAAAUUGUGGUGCUAUGGAUUCUGA